CCGAGGAAGGCUGCGUGGAAGUGGGGGACGGAACAAAUCAGAGGGAGGCAGUGGAAUCUGGGGUGGCAGGGGAGGACGUCCUGGAACAGGACACAGGCGAGUCGACUGCUCUGAAGACACUGAACGACUUGAAAUGUAUCGUGACUCUUGGAAUGCAGACGGCGCCAUAUCUUCCUUCUGAGCACAGUGCCUCUCUGGUUGCUUUGUUGUUCACGGUCUGUACACAGGAGUUGGUUUUGUAUGGUGUUUAUUCAACUCCAGAAGUAGAAUUGGAGCGGCAGAGGAUACUGCAUUUCGUUUUGCAGGAAGGACAACGGGCUUUGGCAUAUCUAGAAUCUGGCAACGAAGGCUUGAAUGCUGGACGGAGACUGGGAAACACAAUUAAGCUCUUGGAAGAAUUUAGAACUCCCCAACAGGAGCCGAUCCCUAAAGACCUGGCUGUGGAAGCAAACAUCUCCGCGUAUAGAAUUUUUCAUUGUAAAAGUGCUCUAGAAAAGCUUCAACCGUGGGUGCAUAACAAACUUCCUAUUCCCGAAGAAGUCAGCGAGCGCGCUGUCAAAGUUGUAUCCUAUACACGACAAUCGUGCAAAGUAAGAAUCAAACGCGAUGUGGUUUUGGCUGAAUGGGUGCAUGCAGUGCAAGCAAAGGUUGACUUUUUUGGGCUUACCGAAGGGCGUAGCCCGCAGAAAAGGCCUAAGGGUCGUAUGCCACCCGCAGAACUUAUGCCCAUUCUCGAGGAACGUUACAGCCGCCUGGGAAGAGGGCUUGCCAAAAGCGUCAACAGGGCUACGGGAAAUCAUACGUUUAAGCAUCGCCACCAGGAACUUGGCAAGCAGAGUGAGCAGCAGCAUCACAAGGACAGCAACGCUGUUGCCGAAACUCUUGAGCAACUGGCAACUGUGGGGGCUGACGUAGGGCCAAGCAUUUCUCAUCCCCCCAUGCCCCUCCCUGCCCCUUGGCAGCUGUCCUUGUCUACACAAAUAUCAUCUUUGCAGAACCAUCCCGUGCUACUACCAAUACACCCUUCUCCUACGGAAUCGCACUAUAAUACCCCAAUUACUCAUACUGAGCGCUGGGGUCGAUCCCCUGCCUACUCCAGUACGUGGAGGCACGAAUCGCAGCAAGCUACAAAUUCCCGAGAGCUGUCCACGUUCGAUUCCCUUACAUCAGGUUCUGUUCUUCAAACGGAAGCACCAGCGUUCACACCAUUAAAAUAUCCCCUUCAAGCGGAAAUGCAGCAUCACAUACAGCCUGAUGCCGGGUCUACUUGGCCGUACAUUCCACCAUCCCCCGCUGCUCUCCCUUGGCGAGCAGUUGAUCCUUCAGCAGAUUUCCCUCGCCCUCUUCCCCUGCCGGGUGGGGGCGCCCAAGGAGAUGUUCAUUCGCCCUCUCCGCACAGUCUAGUGGACCUCAACCCCGUCAUGACUCUGGUUGCUGAAGCAUUUCCAUCAGCGCAGUCCGAUUCAGAUUCGCCUACGGGAUCUGGGCAAAGACAACACCUGGAUCAAGGAUGGCCACACGUCCCUGGUUCUGACCGUCCCUGA